UUAUUUAGUAAAUUGAAUAAACAUCACAUUACAUGUAAUUUAUUUAGCAAACUCUUUCAUCCAAAGCGACUUACAAUAAGUGCAUUCAACCAUGAGUACAAACGCAGAACAAGAAUCAAGAAAGUUACAUUUAUUUAAGAAAGUGAAACUAUAAAAGUACUAAUCUGUUUUUAUUCCCGAUAUAGUCGGAAAACAUGUAUGAUUCAACUGAAUGGAAAACAUCAACUACGGUUAAGUAUUCAAGUUAAUGUACAAAGUAUUUAGUUGAACUCCUUUAUUCAGUAAAGUGCCUGCUAAUGUAGAAAUGAGUCAGCUAAACCCAUCAGGCCCUGUUGCGUACACACGCCUUGUUGCGCGCGCACACACGCUCGCACGCACCAACGCCCGAACCCGCGCGCGCCUGUAUGACAGCCUCCCGCGGACUCCACCCUGCUCCUGUCGGUUCCGGCCGGUAAACGUCCCUCACCGCCGCUGCUGCUCGCCACACCGCGCGAGGACGAACCUGACAGCAGACCAACGACUUCACGGGAACCCGUUCACGGGAUCUCUUCAGUAUUUCGGGAGUGAACACAGAGGGCGUGGCCACCACCGGAAGACCUUUCUGUUUUCCUACUUCUUCAUUUUUAACCGUUGGGAACUUUUAACUGACGCGACCGGACCGUUUUCGUCCCCUGCCGUCUCGUAUCCGGUGAAAUGUCCAGGUCAGACUACCCGCCGAUGUACGAUGAGUCCCGGGGUCCGCUCUACCCACCCCAGGGUGGGAACUACCCUCCGCCCCCUGCGUACGGCUUCCCCGCGUUUGGGGGUCCCCAGCCGGGCCAGCCCUCCGAUCCCUACCCCACUGGUUCAAACGCCCCGAUGUUCCCAGGCCAGCCAGGCGGCCAGUACCAAGGGCAGCCCCACCAGGGGGGGUAUCCCGGGCCGGGCUACUCCAAGCCCCCGCCCAUGCCUCCCAUCAUGCCGCCGACCAUCCCGUCGGAUAUCCUGAGCUCAGGGGAUGAGUUUGCGGCGAGCAACAGCAGCUGGGACACUCUGAGCAUUCGGCACGCCUUCAUCCGAAAGGUGUACUUGAUUUUGGCGGCCCAGCUCCUCGUCACCACAUCCAUCGUGGCCGUGUUCACGUUUGUCCAACCAGUCCGACUAUUCGUACGGCAAAACCCGGCCGUCUACUGGGCGUCGUUUGCCGUGUACUUCGUCACCAACAUGGUGCUGGUCUGCUGUAAGGGCCCCCGGAGGAAGUUCCCGUGGAACGUCCUUCUGCUGUCCAUCUUUACCCUGGCUCUGUCCUACAUGACCGGAACCAUUUCCAGCUACUAUGAGACCAAAGCCGUGUUUCUGGCUCUGGGCAUCACGGCCGUCGUCUGCAUCGCCGUCACCGUCUUCUGCUUCCAGACGAAGGUGGACUUCACCAAGUGCCAGGGCCUCUUCUGCGUCCUCGGGAUCGUGGUGUUCGUGACCGGCAUCAUCACCACGAUCGUGCUGUCGUUCAAAUACAUCCCGUGGCUUCACAUGCUCUACGCGGCGAUCGGGGCCAUCGCCUUCACCCUGUUCCUGGCGUACCACACGCAGCUGCUGAUCGGGAACAGGAAGUACUCCAUCAGUCCGGAGGAGUACGUGUUCGCGGCGCUCUCCCUCUACGUCGACAUCGUCCAGAUCUUCCUUUUCCUGCUGCAGAUCAUCGGCGCUUCGACCAAGUGAUUUGGACUCGAGGGCACGCGACCCGCUCCGAGUCGCCGCGCGGCCGCAGAACCCGCCGCGCGCUUCUUCUUUUUGUAACAAACCUUUUGCUUUUGGUUUCAGUCAAAUUCAGAAAUAAUGUAUGACGCCGCGGCGCACUCCGGUGAACGUGUUGAAGGGCUGGAUUUGAGAUGCCGUCGUCGGUUCGUCCCGUGCACAAAACAAAUGCACCUUUUCUACGGCAUUACGCAACUUUUCAGCGAUUUGAGAAGAAUAUUAAGACUACAAUAUAAAAACCUGUCGACAUGCCCGGUGCAAUAUUGAUUCACUCUCGCUCGACUUUAAGGCAAACCGUGUGUCAGCGUUUUUCUCUGCAUGUAUAUUUAUACACUAUUACACAUGAGCCGGAGCCCGACUGCAUAGAUGUUGAAGAAAUAAGCAAACGGACUCAAAUUAAGCUCCAACCCACCGGCACUUGUAAAGCUCUCCAUGUACCGUGUUGUGUGUGUUGUGUGUGUAGAAGUACACAAACGGCAGGUUUGGGUAGUUUUUAGGGCCCGUGGGUUCCCGGGCGCCGGAGGUUGCGAGGAUCCUCUUGUUUUUGUAGAGAUUCUAUAUAAUUUUUCAGCUCCAGAAUCAAACUUUGUUGGGAUGUUCAGAGCAAACGAAUGAGUUCUUGUACAUUUAGUGUGUAUGAAGUGUUAACGAAUGAGCUUUACAGGUGCAGGUACGGGCAGCUUUGUGUUAACUUUGGACAGAACCGGACUCGUCGUGUUCCCCUCGUCUACCGCUCAAAAAAAAGGAAGGAAAUAUAUUUCUCAAACUGUUGAACUGUUUCUUUCAACCGUACGAGUGUCAAGAGGCAAAACAGGCGUUGAUGGUAAAUUGAGGUACACACUGCACACUGCACACUGCACACAACACACUGCACACAACACACUACACACAACACACUGCACACUGCAGCAUCCAAAAGUGUUUGAGUGCUGAAACGUGAUGUUACUCGAUCUGACGUUUGGUAUUGAUCCUCACGCCACCAGUAUUGACACUCAAAUCCACACCUCGUGUCAUCAGUACUGACACUUUGGUGAUUGAUGCCCCCCCCCCCCCUCCCCCCUUAAAUACAGCUCUGCCCACCUCCUGGCUCCACUCUGCUGCCACGGCUGCACGUUAACGUCCAGCUGGGCGAACACGUGUUGCUCUAUUAGUGCUACAUCACGACAGUGCCUUCAAAAUAAUGUUUUUUUAAAAUAAUUAGAUUUCUCACUUUCUGAAAUACAAGGUUUUACUAUAUAGCAUUUUUAUACAGAGUGUGUGUGUAUAUAUAUAUAUAUAUAUACACACAUCACUCGACUCAAAACUACGGCGUGAGACAUUCUUGAAUGUGCAGCACAGCUGGUGGGCUGUCUUUGUAAAUGUAUAUAUUGUUGUGCCUCUUAAUAUCAAAUAAACAUUUGUUUUCUCGUG